AUGACGACGAACAGGAUCGCAUUCCGCGUCCACGGCGUGGUGCAAGGUGUUGGGUUCCGAGACUUCACCCAGAGACGUGCUGUCUACUACGGACUGAAAGGCUGGGUGAAGAAUACAACUGAUGGAAGGGUCGAAGGAGAAGCGCAAGGCGACGAAGAUUCCAUCCAAAAACUCCUGAAGGAUAUAGGCCAGGGACCCCGCCUGGCGCAUGUUGUCAAGGUGGAAAAGAAAGAGGUGCCUCCUCGGGGCGACGAAGAGGGAUUUUCUUGCCGAGUCACUUCCGGAUCAACGUUUUAUUCCUCUGAUUCCUAG